AUGCAUCCCGUCCCCUCUCUUGUGGCCCUGCACGCUCUCCGCGCCCUCACGCGACUGACAAUCUCAGCCCCCUCAAAACACACACCCACCGUCCUCCGAGCCGCGGGCCCUCUUCGCCAGCACCAUCGAGCAUUCUCGACAACGCCUGCCAAGUCAGUGACUUUGAACCAGAUCCGGACGCGCCUGGGCUCGCGCAAGCCCAAGAAAGUCCGCCACGCCGUCUCCCCUGCGCUCAGCGCCGCCAACCGACCCGCCAUGAAGGGCGUGUGUCUCAAGGUCGGCAUCACCAAACCAAAAAAACCCAACUCGGGCCAGCGCAAGACCGCCAAAGUCAGGUUAUCGAGCGGCAGGGUCGUCUCCGCGUAUAUCCCCGGGGAGGGUCAUAAUGUGCAGCAGCACAGUGUUGUGCUGGUCAGAGGUGGGAGGAGUCAGGAUUGUCCCGGUGUCAGAUACCAUUUGGUCAGGGGGGCUUUUGAUCUGGGAGGUGUACCUACACGAAUGACAAGUCGAUCCAAAUACGGCACCAAGAAGCCGAAGACGACAUGA